UGAUCUUUAGAGCUUUGAGAAAGCCGGCUUUGUACAGUUGGGGAAUGAGUCUUUCAAAGACUACGGCAGGCAAAGUAUAGCAAGGGAGGAAGUCCGAACGAGGUAUCUUUACAGUUUUGAACUGCUCUGAUUAAGCCAUGUGGGAGAUGUCGGCUGUAGGACUUCAGGGGGUUGCAUUGAGCUCAGUAAGUCGGCGGUGUGUGCCUCCGUGGAGUGUCUGCCAGGCUGACAUCAUUUUCUUUGGCAGCACGGAGGGAUUCGGUCGGUACCAGACAAAGUUGAAGCGCUGGCUAGAAUCAAUAGUGCCUACACACAAUAUCGUGGGCCCGAAAGAGGCAACAGCGAUCACGAUUUUCUUCUUUAAGAUGAUGCUGACCUUUCAUAUCAGAUUCUUAGAAUGUCGCCGCCGAUGGGACUAGAAAGACCUCUAGCAAGAUAGAAAAAAAGGUCCCUGUGAAUAUUAGACGCAGUGUAGCAACAAUAAAUGGUACUAAGGU